CAACACUACAAAUCUAUUACAUUUAUUGAGUUUAAUAGUUCAUGGAUUGACCCUGGCACGAUAAUCAUAGCUCUACAUUGAUGUGUGAAGCUGCAAAUGCUUCGUAUAUUCCAGCAUGAAAGAAGGAGAAUUCUCUUACGGCGUUUGUUGUCAACUACCAGAAGUCCUUAUCAAGUCUUAGAUAUACCACAAAGUGCCUCCAAAUCAGAUGUCAAAAAAGCCUACAUAGCGAAAGCCAAAAAGUGUCAUCCGGAUUUGUUUCCUGACAAUGAAAAGAAGACAAAAGAGUUCCAGGAACUGCAAGAAGCCUAUUCCAUCUUGAGUGACACUAAGAAGAAGGCAGAAUAUACUCAAAUGGAGCGAGCUGCCCAGGCACAGGCUUAUGGUAAUCCAAUGCCAAAACAUCCAUUUACCGGCCAUGCUGGAAUGCCCCCUAGAAAUAAUUCUUUUGGUAACAGCAGGUUUACAGGAGCGUCAGGUGGAGCUGGCGGUGCAAGGAAUGAUCCUCUUCAUGAUAUGGUGCAGGAAAUGCUCAGGGCCCAGAGAAAGCAAUAUCAAUCAAAAUUUGGCGGCACAGGUUUUGAAAAAGAAGCCAAAGUAAGAGGGGCACGAUGGGACCGUAUUAUAGCACGACUAGUGUUUGCAUAUAUAGUUCUGUGGAUAUUCUUUGGAAAUCUGCGUCUCUCUGCAUCCAGAAGAAACCGUGAAUCUGACCAGAUAAAUGGCCAAACACCCCUCGACAGUAUAAUGGCAGCCAGAAUGGUGAAUAAUGAUCCGAGGGAGAGGGAGUACUUAAGACGACAGCGAGAAGCUCAUGAAGUCAGAGAACUGAUGGAUCGAUAUGCUGUAAAAGAGAAGAAAGAUGCCAAUAAUGGACUGAAUGGGAUUGUUGAAGAUAAACCUGAAUAAGUUUCAAUUCUUCUAUUUUAUUUUGAAACAAACGAACGGAAGAGGAGAAUGUCUGAGUUUGAAUCAGAUAUGAAAAUUCAGAAUGAAGUCAUGGGAACGUUGGUAAAAUAUGUAUAUGGACCAAAGGACAGCAAACUUCAAACAUUAGACAUUAGAAGUAAGAAACUAUCAUUGUCAAAUAAAGACAAAAGCUCAGAUGCGAAAGAGGACGAUAUUUGAAAUUAACAGCAGGCCUCUAUCCGCCAUUCAGCUUCACGAGUUGAUUUUUAGUGCAAUUAUUCCGAUUGUUUCUCUAACUAAGAAGGAAAACUAAAGAGUGGUGAAUUUAAUACCAAAUUAGCAAUCAGUCAACAAACAGUUUUAUUUGAGGUCAUUCGAUCAGUUUUCAUUUAUAAGCAUUCAGCAUAGCAGUACUAUUACCAUGAUUUUGCAGUGUAAUAGUACUGCCGAGAGACUAGACCCUCUAAAAACGUUCUGUACUUGUUGUAAUUUUACAGAAAUCGGGUAAUUUUAUUUAAAUAUUGCUUUUCUACAA